AUGGAAGAGACUUCAAACCUCAAUCGCCACCGUCAAUCCUUAGAAAAAUCCCGCUCCCGUAACUCUGCAGCCACCACUAAUAACCAUCGCAGAGCCAACAACCCUAUCGUGGAAGAGCAAUAUAGGGAUGACGACUUCAGUAUGGAAGAAGAAGGUGACUCUGAGACGUGGAACUCUUUUUCCAACAAUUAUAGACAAGUGCAGUCGAUGUUAGAUCGAAAUAGAUUGCCGAUUCACCAUGUUAAUGAGAACCACCAGUCAAGAAUGCACGACAGAAUGGUGCAGAACGUGGGUCUAAUUCAGGAGCUGAACGGCAACAUAUUAAAGGUUUCGUCUCUCUAUUCUGACAUCAAUAUGGACUUAACAGCCAUGGUUCAUCAGCGAAAGAACGACGUUUGA